AUGAUGCGAAUAAAGGAAGCUAUCUUGCGCAAGAAGAUCAUCCAACAAUUAAACGAAGAAUGGAAGGAGUACGAGGACGAGAUAGCCGAACCGACUACUGUGGAGUCUCCACCGCCCGUAGCGCCGGAUGAAAAACAAACGGCGGCCAAGCGGCCAUCUCCGGUCCCAAAACAACAUCCACUACAAGCAUUUGUUGAUGAGCUACAGACAAAGUUGACUGUUCUUCAGAAACGGGCUUUGAAAGUUACGUGGAAGCGGUUAUCUGAGGCUCCGAAGACAUCAGGGAGAGGGACGAUUCAAAUUAUGGAAAAGAUGUUCGACAAAAUGGUCGAACUCGAACCACAAGUACCAUCCCUUUUCUACAAAUCAGCCUUUAUCUCGUGCUGCCACGAUCGGAAGCAUGGAAAAAUAAUCGGAAAUACUAUCUCAACCUCAAGAGACCACGCUCAUAUUCUCGUCGAAUAUAUCGAUACCAUGUUGCAACUAAUGUUCGAGGGAAAAUCUGAUAAAACCAUGCCCUCGCCAGAAGAUAUAGGUGCCUACCACAUCCGUCUCUACCCACUAGGCUUCAGAAGGCAUAUGUGGCAGGUGUUGGGAGAGAGCAUGGCAGAGGUGAUGUUCGUGCAAGAAUGCGUGAGGGCAUAUCCGCAUGCGGCCUCGGCCUGGUCUCUACUUGCCGUCGCUUUUACCGACAAAAUGUUUGGGGCAUGCAAGCCACCAAAGGAUUUUGUGCUGGAGACCGGCACAAAAUCCGGCCAAGAAUCCCCAUCCUCCGAUUCUGGAUGCCCAUACAGCAACAAAUCAUCAACCCGUGAUGAACACUCUAGUAGCGAGGGCACCAGCGGUGUCGAUAGCUGCCCACCAUACGCAGAUCUCCACAACCCUUCGCAGCCCCGGCUUUUCGCCAGAAUCCGGCCACCCGGCCUUCUUCAUCCCUUGAAUCUCAGCCGCGAUCUGUUAACAGAGCCGCCAAUUGAUUAUACGCCAAGUCAUGAAAGACCCAUCUCACCUCCCAUCGACUACCCAAUGGAUACGCCGGAGAAAAUCGUUGGGAAGAAAAUCGAAAGUGACGGGCUGGGGACUUCAUAUUCGGUAUAUUGCUCGGAGCCACAUUUGGAAAUUGAUGAAGAUACGGUAUCGAAACGUUGGCCAACCGGUCAGCCACCACCUCGUGUUCAAAUGGGAAACCUUCGCUAUUCUAUGGUAAACCUCUACAAACCGGAAAGUGCGGACGAACCGCGAGAUAUGAACAACUUAUACCCGUACCACCCGUCCCUCCAUUCUCGCCUUACCAAUACCCACAAAUACUCCCUUGAUGAACGCCCUUCCGAUACCCUACGCCGUCGUCACUACGUCCGCAAUAUGGAACGUCAACACCGAAAUUUCCGCUCCAUCUCCCCGCAAAUGAGAACUGGCGCUCUUGAGACGUUUUUG